AGAUGUCCCACCAAUAAAAAAGAGAAAAAAAAAAAAAAGAGAAAUCCGGCUCCCCACUUCUUCCCUCAAGGAUACGAAUUUAUCCAAAAAUGAUAAGAAUCAUAUCGGAUUGACUGCUAUUCCACAUUUUCCCCGAUCUUGUUCAAACCAAAAGCUCUUUUAUUAAUGGCAUUAACGUUGUCCCUAGACCAAGAUGAAGCAAAGCCAUACCCAUAAGCGAGAGCAAUGGCCAGCAGACCGAAAAUAUGCAGCACUUGCGGAGCGCUACUUCGGGUUUCACUGGAGGCACAGACCACCUGCUGCGGUCCGUAUCAAUUCAUUCAAUGCAUUACCACUGUUCGACCAUAUGAGCACCGAGUCCAAAACGAUUUUAACACCUGGCAUCUAUCAAGUUUUAACUAGGCGGCUGCUUGUCUGGUUAAAUAGCUACCCUAUGCCUGGACCAAACUAUUUCCGAAUCCCGGUUAUGCUCCUCCACCAUGGCCGGUACUCAUUCCCCCUUCUCCUUAUGAGAAGAAAAGGGCAUUGUUAUGUGGACUUGAUUACCAAGGGAAGUGAUACGGGAUCAAAUGAGCCAUCAACGAUGUCAACUGCAUGAAGAACUUUCUUACUGAGAUGCUGGGAUUCCGUAGUGACUCCAUACUCAUGCUCACAGGUUUUUAAUUUUCGAACCCUUUUUUGUCCUCUUCAUGUUCACUAAUAUCAUUAUUGGAUAUAUGAAGGUUUUGACAUGAACUGCGGUAUAAUUCUUUUUCUAGCUGCCUAUGAAUCAGCCAAAGCUGAUGCAAAUAAUCAUGUCCUAAUAUUCACUUUGAACCAUGAACCAAUUUGUUAGACUUUUAGCUACUUUUCUAUAAAUUUGAUCAUUUUAC